AUGCCUGGACGUACUCUACCAACUUUCACUCGCGCUGAGGUGGAAGCGCAUAACUCGGGUGACUCCUGCUAUGUCACCAUCGGCAACAAGGUCUACGAUAUCACCGAUUUUGUUGAGGAUCAUCCUGGCGGUCCCGAAUAUAUUCUCGAAUACGCCGGCCGCGACAUCGAAGAGAUCCUCAAAGAUUCUGAUUCUCAUACACACUCUGACUCUGCCUACGAGAUUCUCGAUGAGAACCUUGUCGGAUUUCUCGUCUCUGAAAAGGCUGUAAAUGGACACGCCAACGGAAAGGCCAACGGCAACGGAAACGCAAAGCUGCCCAAUGGUGAAGCCAACGGAGACGCCAAUGGCUCCGUCCACCCCCGAACCGGAAUGUCUUGCGCGGAGGACUUGAGCAAGGAUACAGACUAUAAUCUGGACUACAAGAAGAACAAGUUCCUCGACCUGAACCGACCCCUCUUCCCUCAGAUCUGGUUCGGUGGUUUCUCCAAAGAAUUCUAUCUUGAUCAGGUCCAUCGCCCUCGCCACUACAAGGGAGGCCAGUCUGCGCCUCUGUUUGGUAACUUCCUUGAGCCUCUCUCCAAAACCGCCUGGUGGGUUGUUCCUAUGGUCUGGCUGCCUUGCGUUGCGUACGGUACCUGGGUUGCUUCUCAAGGUUUUGACAACCAGCUCUUCACCUUGGGCUACUGGCUAUUUGGCGUGUUCUUCUGGACCAUAAUUGAAUAUGUCCUGCAUCGCUUCCUGUUCCAUCUUGACUACUACCUGCCCGACAACCGUGUUGGAAUCACACUUCAUUUCAUCCUUCACGGCAUCCAUCAUUAUCUCCCUAUGGACAAGUAUCGUCUUGUUAUGCCUCCCACGCUCUUCGCCGCUUUGGCUGCUCCCUUUUGGAGGUUUGCACAUGCUGUACUCUUCCACAACUGGUAUGCUGCUACUGCAGCCUACUGUGGCGGUAUCUUUGGAUACGUCUGCUACGAUCUCACGCAUUACUUCCUUCACCACCAAGACCUCCCUCUGUGGUACAAGGAACUCAAGAAGUACCAUCUUGCUCACCAUUUCCUUGACUAUGAACUCGGUUUCGGUGUGACGAGCAAGUUCUGGGACAGUGUGUUUGGCACUGAGCUGGUCUACAACACCAAGAAGACGAAAUAA